CAUCUUGUUCUUGUCAGAUAUUUUCAAAACAAAACCAUUUUUACAUUGAUUUUGUAUUAUUUAGCAAACAUAAAUUAAAAGUUAUGUAGUUUCGCUUUAAAAAGCUUAUUAUAAGAGACCAAAAACAUAAGCAUUGAAAACGUAACAAACCAAAGACUGAAUAAGACAAGUUGCAGCUAUAUCGAUGAUGAAAUGGAUGACGACUGUUAUUCUGGGCGCCGCCCUGCGGUAUUUGCUUAUGAACUCGCACUACAGUGGCACGAUUCAGAAUCGAGUUGAAGUGGCCACUCCGCUUAAUUCGUGGAAGCGAGCAAUUGAAGGCGCGUUCUUGUACGCCAAAGGAAUUAAUCCGUACGACGGAGAUCUGUACCACCAAAAUCCGUUCGUUCUUGUUUCUGUGUGGUUUGUGAGGGAGAAACUAUCCGCUUUCGUCAGUGCUUUGUUCAUCCUCUUGGAGGUGGGAACGAUUGUUAUGCUAAAAAGCACUGCCGGAAUUUUCCUUCGAAAGCUUUAUGACCUUCAAAGAGCGCGGAUCGCUGGAUUUGCCAAAGGAACGAAGGAGUUGCAGAUUUCACCGGAUGACGUGCGGUCAAUUCCGUAUUAUGUGGCUCUGGCAUACAUGUUCAAUCCUUACUCGAUAUUGAACUGCGUGGGACAAACUACCACAGUGCUCAGCAAUUUCCUGUUGGCGCUUUUUCUGUUGGGAAUGGCACGCCGGUCGCGACUUGUGGCUUGCGUGCCCCUAGCUCUAGAAACGCAGAUAAACAUCUAUCCGUGCGUACUCAUAAUUCCGGCAGCAUUAUACAUCGCCCAAGACGAUAAACAGAAGACAAGCAGCAUAUUCUUCACAUGCGGAAUGUUUCUGAUGACAUUCUUGGGAGUGAAUUAUGCCGCAUACGUUAUUAUUGGAGACUGGGGCUUCCUAGACGCCACUUAUGGAUUCAUAUUAAACUGCCGUGAUUUGCAGCCGAACAUUGGUCUGUUUUGGUACUUUUUCACCGAAAUGUUCGACCACUUUCGGACACUAUUUCUAUAUACAUUCCAAAUCAACGCCACUCUGCUGUACUUAUUUCCCUUGACGUUCAAGUUGCAUAAGGAACCACUCAUGUUACUGACCAUGCUGCUGGCUUUGGGGGUCGUUUUCCGACCCUAUCCUUGCGUAGGAGACAUCAGCUUGUAUCUAGCGCUGCUCCCUUUGUGGAAAUCGAUUUCAAAGUUCAUGGGCCAUAAUUUCAUCGUGGGAGCAACGAUGCUGGUGACGAGCAUUCUAGGACCCACCGUUUGGCACCUGUGGAUUUACUCCAACUCGGCAAAUGCUAAUUUCUACUUCGGGAUGACUCUAGUCUUCUGCACAGCGCAGAUUUUCCUCAUCACCGACUUAUUCUUUGCCUACAUUAAACGUGAGUUUUGUCUCAAGCAUGGAAUGAACAUCAUGAUAGACGGGAAGGAAGCGAGAAUCGCGCUAGAGUGAAAAGAGUGGAAUGAAUUCUAAUUGUAAUUGGGACUGAAUAAACAUUCUUUUUUCUGAGCGCUUAA